AAUGUUAUUACUUCUUUAAGAACAAGUCCAGGAAUCCAUCUUUGCCCUUCUUGCCCUUCAGACUUCUCCACUCAUGCCUUCCUCAGUCAACAAGUGCCCAAACAGCCCUCUCAAGGAUUCCUGGAUUCAACCACAGGAAGUCAUGGGCUGGGCAAUCUCCAUCCAGACCAGCUGCUUCCACCUGGUUACAGUUGUGUAAGUGACAAAGCAGAAACAUCACGAAAAGAACACCCUAGCACCUUAUGGGAGAAGAUCAAGAAAGUGGAUCUGGAGGAACCAGCCAGCCUUCCUCAGAGGCAGCAUGUGAGAGAGGAAGAAAGCAACCUUGGGGAGUGGGAUCUCAGCAGGAUCCAGGGGGAGAGUGUGAAAUUGACCUCAUUGGCAUUACAGGAGGAAUCUCAAGAAGGGCUUGGGCAAUACAAGUGUGGUGAAGGCAAGCAAAGAUACAGCUCAAAGCCAGGCCUUAUUAGACACAGGCAGCGGACACACUCAGGAGAGAAGUGUUAUGUGUGUGAGGAGUGCAAGCGGGGAUUUGCACGGAGGUCAUACCUCAACAUACACAGGCGGAGACACUCAGGACAGAAGCCUCAUGUGUGUGAGGAGUGCAAGCGGGGAUUUGCAGACAAGUCAACCCUCAUCAGACACAGGUGGACACACUCAAAAGAGAAGCCUUAUAUAUGUGAAGAGUGCAAGCAAGGAUUUACACAGAAGUCAUACCUCAUCAAACACAGGUGGAAACACUUAGGAGAGAAGCCUUAUGUGUGUAAGGAGUGCAAGCAAAGAUUUACACAGAGAUCAUACCUCAACACACACAGGUGGAGACAGGCAAAGGAGUCUUUUGUGCAUGAGGAGUGCAGGUGAGGAUUUACAUAGAGAUCAUAGCUCAUCAUACACAGAUGGACACACUCAGGAGAGAGGCCUUAUGUGUGUGAGGAGUGUAAGGGAGGAUUUACACAGAGAUCAUACCUCAACACACACAGUGGAAAUGUAGGGAAAGAGGAGCCUUAUGUGUGUGAGGAGUGCAGGUGAGGAUUUGUAGACAAGCCAGCCUUCAUCCCAUACAAGUGAACACGCUCAGGAGAGAAGCCAGUCAAAGAUUUACCAAGGAUUUAGACCUCAGCAUAUACAGAUAAACAUACUAAAGAGGAACAUCUUACACAUGUCAAGCACCAUGGGCAAUAGUUAACUAAUUUUCCAAAUGUGAUCACAUAUAAAUACUAACAUCUUAUCAAUAAAGAUAGCCUAUGUAUUAGGUACACAUAUGGAAGAAAUGGGACCCCCCCUCUUCUGAUCAUCCUGAGACAGCACUCAAAAAGUCAGCCUAACCACUGUCCAGUCAUUACUCUGAGAAUGGGGCAAAGAGUUAACUAAUAGGCACAAGGCUUCCAGGAGAUGAGUUUGAAUAGUUAGGAAAUAAUCUGAAGUUCAGUUUGGAGAGAUUAUGCUCCUUGCUGUGUUUCUGUUAAGUGUUUUACUGCAAUAAAUUUUUCAAGUCUUUAUGCCUUACCACUAAGAAAAAAUGAAGGGGAGGAGGGGAAGGUUUCGUUGGGGGCUACAGGAAUAAAAAGAAAGGCA